UAAAUUCUAGAAGCCUCACCUUUAUAACCAAACUGAAAACCCUAAACCCUACCUUCAUUUCUAAUCUCUCAUUUUCUUCACUACGAUGGCGACCCAGAUCUUCUCUCGGGUCUUUCCCAAAACCCUAACCCUAACUUCCUACUUCUCACGCUCUCUCACCACCGCCACCCUUCCCUCUUCCUCCGCUAUCUCUUUCCUCCGUCGUCUCCGUCCUCUUUCCUCUGCUGCCUUCAACUCUCGCAGCGUUCUUCUCCUCCCUAACUCCUUCCGCUCUCUCUCCACACGCGCCACCACCUCCUCACUCAACGACCCCAACCCCAACUGGUCUAACCGUCCCCCUAAGGAAACUAUCUUGCUCGAUGGCUGCGAUUUUGAACACUGGCUUGUUGUUAUGGAGAAGCCUGAAGGUGACCCCACAAGAGAUGAAAUCAUCGAUGGUUAUAUCAAAACACUGGCUGAAGUUGUUGGAAGUGAGGAAGAAGCGAGGAUGAAGAUAUAUUCUGUUUCAACUAGACAUUACUUUGCAUUUGGGGCUCUUGUGUCUGAAGAGCUUUCCUACAAACUUAAAGAACUGCCCAAGGUUCGUUGGGUUCUUCCUGAUUCAUAUUUGAAUGUUAAGGAGAAAGAUUAUGGAGGUGAGCCCUUUAUAAAUGGGCAAGCAGUUCCUUAUGAUCCCAAGUAUCAUGAAGAGUGGGUUAGGAACAAUGCUCGUGCAAAUGAAAGGAACAGGCGCAACGACAGGCCUCGUAAUGCUGACAGGUCAAGAAACUUUGAGAGGAGAAGGGAAAAUGUGGUGAACAGAGAUAUGCAGACUAGUCCUCCAAUGCCGAAUGCUGGCCCUAAUAUUCCUGGUCCACCUCCAAACAAUGCAGGUGGGUACCCUCCUAACAAUGCUGGAGGAUAUACUCCUGCCCCUCCACCCAACCAGGGUGGGUAUGCCCCUCCACCCAACCAGGGUGGGUAUGCCCCUCCGCCCAACCAGGGUGGGUAUGCCCCUCCACCCAACCAGGGUGGGUAUGCCCCUCCACCCAACCAGGGUGGGUUUGCCCCUCCUACCAACCAGGGUGGAUAUGCCCCUCCUACCAACCAGGGUGGAUAUGCCCCUCCUAACAACCAGGGGGGAUACGCCCAUCCAAAUACAGGUGGAUAUGCUCCGAACAACACAGCUGGUGGUUAUCCUCCUCCAAAUACAGGCAGAGCCCCUCCUCCACCUCCCAUUGGUGGUAUGCCUCAAAACAACUACCCUGGAGGGGUGCAACAAAACCAGAGUGUAGGGGGGUUUCCUCCAAAUGCAGGAUGGGCAAAUAAUCAGUAGACUCUCACCAAACUGGGGUAUGGGAGGGAGCAGCUGUUUGGAACUCAUGCUGUGAGAGAUAUGAUCUGGACAAAUUCUCCGAAUGUAGAUAAUAAUGAAUUACGCCCAAGACAUUGUAGGUUUUAUAUUAUGUUAUUGAGGAAUUAGUAUUUGUUGAUCAUAUGUUGAGUUACUCUAUUUCCUAAUUAAUUUGCAUGUCGUGUGUUCACACU